AUGCGGUCGAAAAGGUCAUCCAGACAUCACAAUCAACAUCUCAAUCGAUUCGGAUGGUUCUUCUUAAGAAAACAGAAUCGCCGACAACGGAAGACACCGGAUGAACGCAAACAUCAGAAGGAAACAAUCAUGCCUGAACAACCUGGACAGCAGCACACUGAUACAGUUUUGCUAGCGUCAGACCAAGGAGCACGGUCGGUUCAACAAGCGGAUAGCCUGGAUGACCGGCACAAAAAAGAAGAGCAGGGACAAAAUAGGGAAAACGACCAACAGGAAUUGCUUCAGUCAAUGAGCGACGCAGUCGAUCAUGGAAAAGAGAUAGUAGACGUGGAAGAAUGGAGAAGUGAAGCAAAACAAGCUCAAGUGGAACAAGGACUGCUUGCGGAAAAUGCAAGCCAAGAGCCAUGCAGAAAUACAUCGCCCAAUGCUUCGACUGAACAUUCAAAAACGUCCAAAGUAACUAGCCACGCCAAUGAAAUCAAUUAUUCCCUGGUUGGAAUGUUGCAACGCUUGGACUUCUAUCUACUAUGGCUUGUAUUCUUUAUCGGAGUCAUUUCGGUAGCAGGUGUCACGGAUACACAUAAG